CUAGAAUGCAUCGAGAUCAUUUUGACUUUUCGAACCAUCAUCUCAUUGAGGCACCGUUUUCGGGCGAGACCUCACUUGGAUGUGGGUCCCUCCUCGAGGUGUACUAGACGCGGUACUUUUCAAUGUUACGCCCACUCAAAACGCCGAUCCGUCGCACACACAAAACUUGGUUGGCUGGGGAGGAAAGGGAUGUUCUCCUCACGCGGAAGUUCUAUUGUGGAGGACUAAGUACUGUAGUGCACUGACAACUCGUUAUGUACUCACAAGUUGA